UACAAAAUAUGGCCGAUGGUGUUUUUUACUUUAGAGUUUGCUAAAAAUAAAAGUUUUGUGGUAUCGUCUAUUGGCGUCGUAUUCAAAUAUAAAAGCAAAGAAAAUAAAAAGUACGAUGAAAGAAGUGUACAUCCAGUUCAUAUGAGUGAUUGUGUAAAUUAUCAGUAACCUCAAAACCUAGCCAAAAUGGAACUUCCACAACCACCGCAAGAUCAGGAUCUGCGCAACAUCAUCGACAAACUGGCGCAGUUUGUCGCAAGAAAUGGACCUGAGUUCGAGAAGAUGACCAAAACAAAGCAAAAGAACAAUCCCAAGUUCAGCUUUCUCUACGGCGGCGACUACUUCAACUACUACCAGUAUAAAGUGACGACAGAGCAAGCAAUUCUAAAGCAAUCGUCCGGUGGCCAGGUGGCACCCGCUCCCGCCGGGGCUUAUAUGGCACAGAACAGGCAAUAUGUAAUGCCCCAACAGGCCGCAGCCACCCCCGUGCAGCUGGGCCUCGCGGCGUCCAUCGCGGCCGCGCCGGCGCUGCAACAGUGGCUGGCAGCCAACUCCGUGCCCCCGCAACAGCCCCACUCGCAUGACAUCGAGCAAGUCAAUACUCAAAUCAACAUGCUAAAGGAGCAAAUAACACAGUCGGAGAGCAAUUUGAAUGCUCAACAUAAUGUUUUAAUACAACAGCAGCAGGUUAAGAUCAAUGAGCUGGUCAGCAAAGCUCAGGUGGAAACCAUCCAGAUGAUGGCUGAAGAGAACAACAUCAGCCUUUCGGAGCUGGAUAGCAUACUGCAACCAAUCAUUGAUACAUGCACUAAAGACAGCAUCUCUACAGGCAAGGGGUGGAUACUGCAACACGCAACCAACAACAACGCCGGCAAGGUGAUAUCGCAGCACCUGCUCAGAAAGGUGACGCAGCCCGGAGCACAAUUCACACAGAAACUGCAUGUCAUUUACCUUGUGAAUGACGUGUUACACCACUGUGCACGAAAAAAUGCCGAAGAUCUCAAGAAAAAUUUGGAAAAUGUCGUGGUUCCAAUGUUUUGCAAUGCCAGUAUAGCCGUAACGGAAGAGCAGGAGGCUAAAUUGAAUAAGCUGCUUCGGCUAUGGGAGUCCAAGUCCAACUACUUCGACUCGGCCGUCAUUGAGAAAAUGAAGAGCCCGACUAGUUCGUAUCAAGAGUAUCAAAACAAUCUGAUCGCGCAACACUCCAACGCGAUUGCGCAUUUGACGCAGCAAACUAAAAACACGUUCGAGAACUACAAAGUGCAGCAUCAAGCCUUCGUCACGCACACGAUGCAGCAAAUACAGCAGAUGGAAAUGCAGAAGAGAGCCCUGGAGCUCCAGAACAACCAAGAUCACAACGACAGCCAACAGAAUAACAUGUCAAAUUCCUUUCAAAACAACAGUUUCAGCGAUCAAGGGUUUCCCAAGCGGGACCACCAGUUUCCGCAGCAAAACUUUAAUUCUAGCCACCAAAACUACGGCAGCGAGAGUGGGGACAACUAUCAGUCGAAUAACAGUAUGAGCGGGAACGAAAACAGCUAUGACAGUCAGCUAUUUGACCAGAUGUCAAGGGAUAAGGCAGAUGGCAACGAAGAGUCUGAUCUGUCAGCUCUUCCAAACAUAAACUUCUCCCAACCCCCUCCUGGCUUUGUGCCUGACCCACCUUUUGCCUUCCAAAACGGUCUCCCCGAUCUCAGUAAGCCCCCGCCUGGCUUCCCACCGUUCCCUGAAAUGUCCAGUGACGAUCUUAUGCCGUCCGUCCCCUACUUUGAGCUACCUGCGGGACUCAUGGUUCCUCUCAUUAUGUUAGAAGACGACAAAUACAAGCCGAUAGACCCGGCGCGGAUCCGCCUGCCGCCGCCAGCGCCACCCAACGACCGCCUGCUGGCCGCCGUCGACGCCUUCUACGCCUCGCCCAACCACGAGCGGCCGAGAGACAACGAGGGCUGGGAGAAAUUAGGUUUGUACGAAUAUUAUAAAGCGAAAAAUGCGGCGAGAAAAAAUAAAGAGGAAGCAAUUGCACAAGGUCGAAGACAGAAAUCAAAGUCGCCUAGUCCAAUACCUAAAGAUCUACAGAAACAGCCUACGCCACCUGGGAGAUGUUAUAGGUCGUUAAGUAGAACGCCGGAGCGGGCGGUGUCACCGGCGAAGUCACGUUCGCCGUCACCCAAAAGGAAACCCAACAACUGGCGGCGGGAGAGAGAGAGAGAUAAUAGUCGUCGAAGAUCGCGGUCGCGGUCACGGUCACGUUCACGGUCGCGGUCGCGGGAGCGGGACAGACACCGCGACUCGCCGCGCGCGAGGCGAGUGGAGAGAGAACGAUCGCCCACGCCGCCUAGCUUCGGUGGAGCGACGUUUCCCAGUGCGUCCGGCGGGCUAGACCCGAGCAACAAGGGCCACCAGCUGCUGCAGAAGAUGGGCUGGAGUGCGGGCGGGCUGGGCGCCGCCGGCCAGGGCAUCGCCGAGCCCAUCAGCGGUGGCGCCGUGAGGGACAAACAGGACCAGUAUAAAGGUGUAGGAGUAAACUUGAAUGAUCCUUAUGAAAACUUUAGGAAGAACAAAGGUGCAGCAUUUAUAACGAGGAUGAAGGAAAGAGCGCUAGAAAGGUCGUCGUGAGAGUGGUUGUGACUGUGUACAUGUGUGGUUGAAAUGAUUUAUUUUAUCUAAAUCAUUUAAAAUAAAGUUAUAUGAUU